AUCACUGAACUUGGCUGAUGUUGACUUGCAGGAGGGUUUUCUUCUGUCUUCCUCCAGGCAAAUACGUGAGGGACUAAGAGAAAGUAAUAUUCCCUCGGCACAAAGCCAAGUGUGACCAGCUGCUUCUAACAAACGGAAGGUACGUACUGAUCAUGAACUUCACGUAUCCAUGAAGCAGAAAUGGACAGGAACAGCUUGGUAAUAACCCUCCCAAUGUCAUACAGCUUGAACUGACAGGUACACUUUGAUAACUAUAUGCAUAUCAACAGUGCAGUAUCUGACACCUAUGUAUUGGUAACUACACACAUACACACUCUCACACACACACUCUCACGGAGCAGAAAAUGAGAAAUAUAAAUGGAUAACUAAACAGACAUAUUGACAUUGCAGAAAUUGACAGGCUACAUGGAUAACUACACUCAUAUCUUGCAGCAGAAACUGAUAGUGACACUGAUUGGAGAGCCGAAGUGGGAGAGAGAGUAAAAUUUGUCAAAUCAACAGAAAGCAAAAAGCACUGGUCACAGCACGUCAGCACUCGUCUGUGACCAAGGUAAUCCGAGUAAAACUGAUACCAAGACACGCUGGCAGGUGUCUGAGGAAUGUACGAAUAGUUUGGGCCUCGAUAUAUUGGAGAUUUGAAGAAGGACGUCAAACCUUUCGAGGAAACAAAAAGUAAAGGGUCUUGACGGAACAGGCAAUUUAAAAUAGUGUCUAAAGAUGGUGCGCACGAUUAAUGCUCUCUUUCAGGGAAAAAAAAGUUAUCGUUUGGUUUAUUAACAUAUCGAGGUGUUUUUGAAAUGUGAAAUGAAUAUGCAGGUGCAGAGUGCAGAUUUCGGCCCCUUUUUGCCGCUUGCAUUUAAGUUUUUGAAAAUCCGAUUCAAGGUCAGAAAUGGACAUUCCACUCGGUUCGGGAAUGCGGGAAAGGGAGAUGAAGUCAAAUAUACAUUCAUAAUCUAAAAGUAAAUGUAUUCGCGCAUUCUGUUCUGUUCAACGUCCGAGUUUUCGUUAAAUAUUGGCGGGCUUUUCGAGUUUGAAAGAAAGCGGCUGAUGAUUUGGCGCCGGGAUUUUCCGGCCUCCUGCCCGGGCCCUCUUCGGAUUGGUGAGGGAAGCAGAUAUCUGAUUGGGCAUUGAAACGACAUGAGGAGAUACUGAACAAUGUGACCAAUCAGCAAUGGCCGCACCCCCAUUCCUCCCGAAGGUAUAAGAGGACGGGAUGUGGCCGCUUUCCGGCAUUCUCUGUGAAAGUGUUUGUGACUUUGUGGCGAUGUCUGGAAGAGGAAAGGGCGGUGGCGGUAAAGCUCGGUCGAAGGCGAAGUCCCGGUCGUCCCGGGCUGGGCUGCAGUUCCCGGUGGGCCGUGUUCACAGGCUCCUAAGAAAGGGUAACUAUGCUGAGCGUGUGGGUGCCGGAGCGCCGGUCUAUCUGGCUGCGGUGCUCGAGUACCUGACGGCUGAAAUCCUCGAGCUGGCCGGUAACGCGGCCCGGGACAACAAGAAGACCCGCAUCAUUCCCAGGCACCUCCAGCUGGCCGUGCGCAACGACGAGGAGCUCAACAAGCUGCUGGGAGGUGUGACCAUCGCUCAGGGCGGGGUGCUGCCUAAUAUUCAGGCCGUGCUGCUGCCCAAGAAAACCGCCGCUGGGGGCGCCACUAAAAAGUGAAGAGACCGUUCUGUAACUUGACAAUCCAAAGGCUCUUUUCAGAGCCACCCACAACAUCAGUGAAAGAGUCUCAGACCUCGUUUUUGUUCGAUUGAUUUAAUUUUAAAUAUACAGAGCCUGGGACUUCGCAACGUCAAAUUUCAAUCACAUCAUUCAUUGAUCCUGUAGUUGUCACAGUUCGAUAGAAAAUGAAAUCCAUCCUGCUGCUCCUGAUUUCGGUAAUAUUUCCAUUCAGAGCUGGCAGCCGAUGAGCAGGAAGAAGUUAUGAUGAGCUUAUAAAUUACAAUGUAUGACAUAAUUGGAGAACAGAAUAAUCGUUUUGCAAAUACGUUUUCCAGUCCCACUGCUUGUUGUUCACUGCCAAUUUCACAUCUCCCUUCAUCGCAUUAGAGAAAGCGAAAGUGACCCGGGACAGCACGUUGCAGGGUCAUUUGCUUCUCAUAAUGAACGGCCGCUGACCCUCUGCGCAUUAAUCUCAGGUGCAGCUCAUUUUCCUGCCUUUGAUAUUAUCGAGUCCUCACAGUGUGGAAGCAGGCCAUUCGGCCCAUCGAGGCCCGACUGACCCUCUGAAGAGCAUCUCUCACAAAGUGCCCUUCCAUAUCCCUGUCACUCUGUCUUUCUCUGGACACACUGGGCCCAUAGCAUCGCCAUGCCACAUAAAGUGCACAUCUUUGGACUAUGGAGGAAACCAGAGCACCUAGAGGAAAUCCUCAAAGACACGAAGGCCACCCACCAGCCUACCUUUUAUCCUGGGAGAAGUAGCCCUGGCCUGUACAGCUUCUCCCUGAAGCUGAGCCCCUUACAAAUCUUUUAUGAAUGUUUAAGCUUAAAGUUAAAAACAAAAGCUUCUCGUCAAUCUGGCUGUUCAUCAUCUUGAAACCUUGGAUGAACUGUCUAAUCCAUUCCCUACGGCAGACCAGGAGUGCAGCAUCAAAAGGGGACGACCAGGGCUGUUUCAGAAAAUUCAGCGGAGAAGGCUUCAGCAAAUCCAUCAAAGAUACCAAGGGGCAGGACUGGAACAGUUUAGUGGCCCCAACCAACCAAACUGAGCAAAGCAAGAUCGUGGACAAAGACAGUUCCCACCCUGAUGCUGUCUAUGCUUGGUUGACACAGAAUGCCAGCAGCGUGGUGUCCACUGCCCCGCCAGGCCUCAACGCACCUGUUCUAUCGGUCACUGCAGUUGUCAGAUCCGUCUUCCUGGUGAGAACACCCAAGGAAAGUAACAGACCUGGACUGAAGCACCAACUCUGCAUGUAAUUCCUGUGGGGAGGUACUCUCUGACAUCUUUGUCUCCCUCUGACAAGCUGUACUCUGCACCUGCUUGAGAAGACCACCAUUAUCCCAGUCCUAAAAUCUACAUGCAAUAUGACUUCAUCUGUACUGCCCAGUGGCUCUGGCAUCCAAAAUCAUGAAGUGCUCAAAGAUGCUGGUCAUGGCCCACUUGAACUCUCGACUUUCAGCCUGCCUCAAUCCCUUGCAAUUUUCCCACUAAUGCAACAGGCCCACAGCAGAUGCCCUUUUCCCAGCCCUGCAAUCAUCCCUGGAACAUCUGGGCAACAAGGCCACCUACAAUCAGGCUUCUGCUCAUCAACUACAGCUCAGUCUUCAACACCAUUAUCCCUGCAAGACGGAACUCAAAACUAACACCUCAGGCUUGGCUCCUCCCUGUGCAACUGACUCCUCAGCUUCCUGAAACACAGACCACAAAUCAAGAAGAUAGGCAACUGAAUCUCCUCUGCGAGGACAUUCAAACACUGCAACCCUCAAGAAUGCAUUGUCAGGUCCCUACUGUACUCCUUGUAUACUCACUAUUGUUGUCAAAUUCUGAAUGAAUGCCACCUAUAAGUUUGCUGUUGAUAACACUAUGAUGGGAUGGAUAAUAAAUAAUGAUGAUUCAGAUGACAGGAAGGAGAUGGAGGGUUUGGUGACGUGGUGCAAUUAUAAAAAGAAAACUGAAUGGUCACAAAACAAAAGAACUUAUAAUUGGUUUCAGAAGGAAAAGAGCAGAACACACCCUCAGGUCCAUCAACAGAGCAGGGUGCUGAGAGUGUCAAUUUCCCAAGAGUUACAAUAACCAACAACCUUCAUGGGACUUCCCACAUAGAUGCAAUGGUAAUGAAGGCACAAAAAGGCCUCGUCUUCCUGAGGCUGCUCAUGUAUUUGGCAUGUUACUCAUGCACCAUAGAAAGCAUACUGUCUGGGUUCAUCAAGGCCUGAUAUGGAACCUGCUCUGUCCUGUUCCACGAGCAACUAUGGAAGGUUGUGUUCACACCCCACACCGUCACGGCACCCAACUUCCCAACCAUGGGCUCUCAUUGCUGUGCAAAGCCUGAGACAUCAAAAUCCAUCCAACCCCAAUGGUGCCCUCCUACAACCUCUUGCAUCAGGCAGAAGAUACAGAAGCUCGAACACCCACACCAGCAGGUUCAAGAACAGAUUCUUCCCUGUCAUUGUCAGACUGACGAAUGGAAUCUUAAAUUUCAAAAGUGUUGAUCUUGCCUGCAUACAUCCUGUGGAGUGUAACUUGUAUGCCUUAUCAUUUCCAUUUUUCACAUUAUGACCUGUAUGUGCUUACUGACUAUGAUCUGGCUAUACUGCUCGCCAACAAAACCAUUCACUAUUUAGGAACAUGUCACAAUAAAUCUAACUAAAUUCCUGUA